GACUGUAAGAUUGAUGUCUUGAGGAGACGUUUCUGCAAACGGUGUCGACUCCGCAAGUGUUUCGACGUCGGCAUGAAAAAAGAAUAUAUUCUGUCGGAAGACGAGAGAAAAAUGAGACAAAAUCUGAUACAAGAAAAUAGACGCAAAAGACAAUUGAUUUCUGAGAUGACAAACGAUACGACUAUUGACUCGACAUCCCAUCAAACAAUGGAACUGGAGUUCUCGACUCCUGUCCCGUCUAUCACCCGACCAUUAAGUCAAGCAAACAGUUUCAAUGAUAUUGAGAUGAAUCGGUUGACUGAACUGUUUAACGCGAUUAACAUAAACCCGUUGACAAAAAUCACGUCCGACUAUCAGAUGGAUAUCAUCGAGAACUUCGUGAAGAAUGCCAUCACCGGUACUCUCGUGAGUCGACUGUUUGCCAUAUAUUUGGAGCAAAUAGUCCAGAAGAAUGUGAAGAUGUCUAAACAUAUCGAGGCAUUUGGCAGUCUGUGUGCCAGCGACCAGAUCUCACUUAUAAAGUAUGGAUCCAUUGAGAUAUGUUUUUUACGAUCAGUUUUGUAUUAUGAUUUUGAUUACGAAUAUUGGACACUGAUUUUGGAUACAGAGAACUCGGUUUUAUUCAAUAUAGACUUAUUCCGUGAAUACAAGAAAAAUACUUAUUAUAAUCACAAAAUAUUUUUGAAAAAGAUGGCCAAUGUGUGGGACUUAGACAAUCGUAUUAUAGACUUGAUGACAGCGAUCUUACUGUUCAAUCCGGACCGCCCGCACCUCAUCCAUAAGGAGGCGGUUAAAAACGCCGAUAAGAAUAAGCAAUUCCAGUGUUUCUUAGGCGGCAAAUGCAAAAUAAACCUCUCGUGCAGAAAGUACUGCAAAAAGUGUCGAUUGAAAAAAUGCUUUGACAUCGGAAUGAGAAGUGAACUCAUACUUUCGGAACAACAGAAGGAAACCCGAAGAAUGAAAAUCCAGGAGAAGAAGAAACAGAAGCAGCAAAUCAUCGACGAGUUGACAAAACUGAUGGACUCGGCGGUGGGGACGACAUCCCCGCAACCAUCGACCUCUACUGGAAGUAGUAGUGGCGGUGAUAAUGGUGUGGACGACACGAAUACAACUAUGGAUUUGUAUGACGCCAACAGUGGGGACAGCGAGUCGACCGACUCGGACCUCAAAGUAGUUGAGAAGUACUUUCACGACAGGGAUAGGACAGGCAUCUCGUACGACGUCUACCGUACAGCCGCGGAGUUGGAGUUUGCGGUGAUUCCCAUUCCCAGAGCCGUGGCCACCGAUGGCUUCAAUGAUUUAGAGGGCAAACGAUUGACUGAAUUGUUUGAAGCCAUCAAAAGCCUACACAACGGACAGCCGAUGCUGACGAAUGUGGCCAACGAUUUCCCGGAAGCCCUGAACGCAUUGCGACUGAAAUGCGAUUUUGAGAUCCGAAAGGUCGUCAAAAUGUCCAAACAGUUGACCGCGUUUUGCAAACUCUGUGAGACCGACAAAAUUCAUUUACUUAAAUACUCGGCCGUCGAGAUCAUGACCCUCAGGAUACUACUGGAUUACGAUCCCGAGUCAUGUAAUUGGCACGCUAUCCAU